AACCCUGCUUCUGAAUCAGAGAAAUUGCAAGUAAACAAAGUGCGAAAAUUAAUUGAAUACGGAAUAUCAUGUCGAAGCCAUCAAAAUCGGGUCCACCAAAUGAGGGAAGUGCUCCUCCCGCGUACGAUUAUGGCAAUGCCAGCGAUGCCCUGGCCAUGCGAGCACCACCGCCAACCUAUGAGCAGAGCCAGCGGAGUGGCGGUUACGGUUAUCCACAGGGGGGAGCUGCUCCUCCGCCCAGUCAAAAUCAGUACUACGGCAUGAUCAGCCACCAGCAGCAGCAGAUGCCCUUCAACGGGGGACAGCCCAACUACGCAAUGCAUCAUGCCACUGGCUACGGAUUCGCUGGUCCCAGUACCUCGGCAGGAGCUGCUGCCGCCCAGGUCCUCCACUUGGACUCGCGCGCCGAGGUGAGGACGAAUGCCACCGGUAACGUCGUCAUUCCGCCUCCGCCGCCCGGCUGCCUGCCCACUCCGGCUCAGUGGGCGGCCAUGCAGGGCCAGCCCGUGGUCCUCAAGCAAAAGAAGCGUUCCUUUUUCUAGAUUACACACAAGCACACACACACACAGAUACCAUUCACUCGAAUAUAAUAAUGUUGGCCCCUUAAAUGUUAUGGAAUAAUAAACGAUACGAUCAGUUUCGUUUCGUCCUCGCGUA